AUGGAACUUGGUUGGCUCAUACUCCACCUAUGUCUGCUGCUGACACUCGGUAGAAAUGGACGCACACAAAAAUCCGAGGGCGACCUCUACACAGAACUCCUCGAAGACUACGAACCACUCGAACGGCCAAUAGAGAAUAGUUCCGAAGCAGUAAUGGUUCGAAUGGGAUUAGUUCUUCAACAGAUUGUAGAUGUAGAUGAAAAGAAUCAAGUGGUAGAUGUGAAUGCGUGGUUGAAAUUUUCAUGGAUCGAUUAUUCGUUGAAAUGGGAACCAGAAGAAUACGGUGGAGUGACUGAUUUGAGAUUUCGAAAAGGACAGCUGUGGACACCCGAUGUGCUCAUGUAUAACAGCGCUGAUCCACAAUUUGACAGUAGAUAUGCAUCGAAUUUAUUGGUGUAUCCCAACGGAUUAGUCAAUUGGAUGCCACCCGGUCUCUACCGCUUGUCGUGCAAAAUCCAAGUCGUUUGGUUCCCAUUUGAUGUCCAAGAGUGCUUUUUGAAAUUUGGCUCAUGGACAUUUGACGGCUCGAAACUGAAUUUAGAGAUUGACGAAAAUGGUUUUGACAUUUCGAAUUAUAUGCAAAAUGGAGAAUGGACUCUAGAGGGCACAACAGUUAAAAGAAACAUUCAAUACUAUCAAUGCUGUCCAGAACCUUAUUACGACGUCGUUUUCACUUUUGUCAUUCGGAGAAGAGCCUUGUAUUAUGCAUUUAACUUGAUCCUGCCUUGUAUUCUAAUCACUAUGCUCACUCUCGUUGGAUUCACUUUCCCACCCGAUGCUGGUGAAAAAAUGUCACUUCGUGCAUUCUUUGCCGUAUGUCUUUUUACAUGUGCGUGCUGUGUGACAGCGACAACUUUGGCUCUUAAUUUCCAUCAUAGAACUGGAAAGUCGCACCAGAUGAAUCGAACGUUCCGCCUACUGAUGCUUGAAUGGAUUCCAUGGCUUCUGAUGAUGCGUCGUCCUGGAUUCGUUGCUAGAAGAGGAAGAAUAGUAAGAGAAGACGAUUCAGAUGACGAGUUCGAAGAGAGACAGACAAGGCUAGACCAACAGAGAAUUGCCACACUUAUCAGUCAGAUUACAGUCGAAUCCAAUAAGCCAACACCGACAUUCCCUCGCCGCGUGACAAUUGUCGAUGAAGUGAACGAUGAAACAGAUCGAUCGUUACCUCCAGAUGAGGUCAUUUGUGAAGAAGAUGAUUUAGAAUCAAUGGAUGAGCCACCAGCUUGGAGGUCAAACCCUCAACCCCCACCAACACCCGCUCAUUUAUGGUGGAAUGCGUCGAAUCGAAUGGGAAAUCGAGUGCCUGUUGAGCAGAUUGCACAGCUUUUAGUUUUACAACAAGUUCAUGGACAUUUAUCGGAGAUCAACAAACAUAUUCGAGAAAGAGAAAAAUCCAAGAAAAUCGAAGAUGACUGGAAGUUCUCCGCCAUGGUAGUGGACCGUAUUUGUAUGGUCAUCUUCACCGGAUUCUUAUUUGGCUCCACAGUUGCUCUAUUUGCUUCAGUUCCAAACAUUACCAGAUCUUUCUAA